UUCUUUAUGAGGAUUUUCAAAUCUUAUUUUGGAGGUUAAAAAAAAACGCGCCGAUGGUGCCGGCUCUGCCCAGGCGGCGCUUCCUCUCGCCUUUCCCACUUGUUAUUCCGUCUGGGGGAAGGAAGAUGUCGGGGGAGGAGGUCGACGACGGCCGCCGGCGGCGUUUUCGCGAGCUGUAAGGUUGACUGCCUGUAAUAUGGUAUCCUGACAGUUCCUAGCAAUGUAUCGUGGAGGUACAGUGCUGUGACUAUUGCUUGCUGAGAUGGUAUUUCUUCAUACUGUGACCACUCUGUUGUUGGAAGAAGAUUUAAGAAUGUCUAAGUUAAAACAGUACAGCAGGUCAAGGAUACUACAACCAGAAUAUUUCUGAGAGCUUUUAAAGCCAUGGAUAGGUGUAAGCAUGUAGGGCGUCUGCGACUCGCCCAAAAUCACUCCAUAUUGAAUCCCCAGAAGUGGCAUUGCAUGGACUGCAACACCACUGAGUCUGUUUGGGCCUGUCUUAAAUGCUCCCAUGUGGCUUGUGGUCGCUACAUUGAGGAGCAUGCACUCAAACACUUUGAGGAAACUAGGCAUCCUUUGGCUAUGGAGGUCAAUGAACUUUAUGUCUUUUGUUAUCUUUGUGACGACUAUGUGUUGAAUGACAAUGCUACAGGGGAUUUAAAACUAUUGAGAAGCACUUUAAGUGCAAUAAAGAACCAAAAGUACAGUCCGAUGGCACGCAAUGGCAGGGCAUUGCGGUCAAUGGCUUGCGGGGAAUCUCCUUGUUCGUUCCAGAAGAACAGAAAAGGGCAGACUCAUAGUACAGAGCAGAUGUUCACUGCUCUUUGGCACAGACGCCAGUCUUUGCUAACAAAGGCAAUGCGCAUUUGGUUUGAACAAACUACCAGCGGUAAACGUAGAUUGGAAGAAAAGCGGCUACAGGAGGAAAUGGAUAGAAGAAAGGAGGAAGCAAGGAAGCGCCGACAGGAGCUAAAGCGCAAGUUCAUGGAGGAGCUUGCCAACGCUCCACCUAGGAAAAGUGCAAGGAUUUUAUUUCAAAUCCGGAAGGAGGACCAUAUCUCGAGAAAGUGCAGAAAACCAACUGGAAAAAAGGUGCUACAAACUGCCCCUACCUCAAAACGACAAAGGAACAAAAUGAAGCGGUAUUAUGCUGCCAAGCGUAAGCCAGUGGUAACUCCUGGUGUUACGGGUCUAAGAAACCUUGGUAAUACCUGCUACAUGAACUCCAUCCUGCAAGUACUCAGUCACUUGCAGAAGUUCAGAGAGUGUUUCUUAACCCUUGAUCUCUGUGAGACUGAAGAAUUAUUGGCAAGGACCACAAAUGGGAAAACGAGAUUGUCUAACAAGGUCACGCUGGGGAUUGGUCCUGCAUCUUGCAUAGCAGGAAGAAAUGAUCAUGUGGGAACUUCAGGGAGAUACAGCAUGCCAGCUGGUUUGAAUGGAGGUGCCUCUAUGGCCAGGAACCUUGAACUUAUUCAACCCAAGGAACCUAGUUCAAAGCACAUCUCUCUUUGCCAUGAACUUCACACGCUCUUUCGAGUAAUGUGGUCCGGGAAAUGGGCUUUGGUAUCUCCGUUUGCUAUGUUGCACUCUGUAUGGAGCUUGAUCCCGGCGUUCAGGGGAUAUGGUCAGCAAGAUGCUCAGGAAUUUCUGUGUGAAUUACUGGACAAAGUGCAGCAGGAGCUGGAAUCGGAAGGUACAAAGCACAGGAUCCUCAUUCCUUUUUCUCAAAGGAAGCUCACCAAGCAGGUUCUCAAGGUGGUGAACACCAUUUUUCACGGGCAGCUGCUCAGUCAGGUCACAUGCCUGACGUGCAACUACAAGUCCAACACCAUUGAACCAUUUUGGGAUCUUUCACUGGAGUUUCCAGAGCGCUAUCAUUGUCUUCAGAAGGGUGCUACCCAGCUUAAAGAAUGCACGCUGACGGAAAUGCUGGCAAAGUUUACAGAAACAGAGGCUUUGGAAGGGAGGAUUUAUGCUUGUGACCAGUGCAACAGUAAACGACGAAAAUCCUCACCAAAGCCUCUCGUCUUGACAGAAGCUCAAAAACAGCUAAUGAUAUACAGACUACCUCAGGUCCUCCGUCUGCACCUUAAAAGAUUCAGCUACUGUGUUUUUAGGUGGUCUGGCCGCAACCAUCGUGAGAAGAUAGGGGUGCACGUAAACUUUGACCAGGUAUUAAACAUGGAGCCUUACUGCUGCAGGGACUCUUCCUCCACUCUUGGCAAGGAAAGCUUCAUAUAUGACCUCUCAGCUGUGGUGAUGCAUCAUGGAAAAGGAUUUGGCUCAGGACACUACACCGCAUACUGCUACAACACAGAAGGAGAAUUUUGGGUCCACUGUAAUGACUCUAAGCUAAAUGUGUGCAGUGUGGAGGAAGUGUGCAAGACCCAAGCCUACAUUCUCUUUUACACUCAAAGAACCGUGCAGAACAGAGUGGGGUUUGUCACAGAAAUGCAUUCUGAACCUCAGGUGCCAACCAGAAAUACAGAGAAGAACAGGAGACUGACCUUCCCUUAGGAUGGGAUGCAAAAACCAUUAUUGGAAUUCACUGAAACUACCCAGCAUCAGCCAGUGGGAACCAUGUUGGGGCUGAUUAAACACUGUCGUGUUCUCAUGUGGGCUAAACAUGUCCUGGGGCUCGUUUACCGAAGCAUAUAUAGCCUUCCUAUGCAUAAUAUGGUAGGGUUUAAUUCCGUACUUAUCAAUUAAAAUGGUUUUUUCAAAGUGUCCAACUGUCCCAGGUCAGAUAAUGUGGAGCUGUGCAGUAUUGACACUCUCGUUACAAAGUUUUUUUUCCCAGGUAAUAUAUCUAUUGCAACCCAUUCUGUUUAUGUCAUCAUUCGUGUUGCUGACUGAUCUUGAGAUGCAACCAUUUCUGAUAGUUACUUUUAUCAUUUAACUCCCAGCAGGUGCCUUUGUUUGCCACUCAAUUUACUGACUGACAUAGGUACACAUGUUUGACCUGUUUUCAUUGUGUACCGGGUGCAGUUAUGUUUACUCCCCGUGGUGCUAUACCAAGCUGAGCUGGAACUGAUUCACGAAUUCUGCAUUUUCACAUUAUGACCCAGGGCUGUUUCACACUCACACUGAACCUUCACUAAUUAGUCCAGGCUCCACAAUGCCAGUUAUGAUUUGCCGCCAACCCUGCGGAACAGUGAAGAAACCACCAGAGAAAUCCUCAUCCCUUUACUCCAAUCUUAUGAUUUUGUAUUUUCUUGAAGUGAAAGGACUUGUGCUGUGAAGAAUUACUGUCACAACACCAGUCUCAUCACUGAGAAUAGUUACUGAAACUGUAUGAAACCCAACAGGCUGUUCCUCUUACGAUAAUUUACGAUAAAUCCCUCUAACGUGGGUCUGAUAGAUUCAGAACACAAGAAUGUUGGGAGUUAAUGUAGCCAUAGUGAUUUCAUGCACUUCUGCUGCAAACUGUUCCUUACUUGAGCUUUGCCUGCUGGAUUUUGUAUGAGGGUAGGAAUUAUUAGUGUUUUCAGACAAUUUCUGGUCUGUAGGCAGUGUAUAUGUGGCUGAUCAUGCAACAAUAACAUGGCAGCUUUGGAAAUGUAAAUUACGACUUUUGCAACAAUUUCAAAUAAAUGUGGGAGAUUAAAUAAUUUUAUUCAAUAUGAUCUUGUGUAAGUAAAUAGAAUGUACAAGUUUUGUAUCGGCAAAUUGUGAGACUUCGUGUUCAAUAUAUUUUGGUUUACUUUUGAGAAUUUUGUAGGAAUUCAGAGAAGAUCAUUCAGAACAAAGCAAUAAACACAACUUUCCGCUGCCUGACCUCCUUGCAGCUUAAAUAUUUGAAUGCUCACCCCAAUUAGAGUAAUGCUCCCCUGAGGGCUGUUGCCCAGAGUGUAUCUGAUCAGUACAGGCCAGGCAAGUUUCUGGGACUGCAUUGUGUCAACUAAUCUUCGCCAAUGUAGUGACAGUGGUACCCUUGGACUAGAUGGGCUAGAGGGAAAAUCAGCUAGUGACGGCCUCAAUCACUGACCUGUGCGACUCUUGCUGGAAAUUGUGCUUGCACAUGUCAGGCAGGUUCUGGUAACUCAGGAUGCUCAGUGCUUGUGGAACCGUACUGCAGCAUGAGUCACUUUCUUCAGGGGGAGGAGUGGGAAAGAGGACGCCAACACGUGUUUGGUAGUGUUGUCAAGUCUGGAGUAAUAAGCCAGAUAGAGAUAUCAGCUGCUAUACACAGACUUUGACACUUGUGGGUUAGUUUGAUGGUUUAUAUCUUGGUUUUAUGGCUUGGCUGUAUACAUCUUAUGGGAAAUGACUACGGCUAGUUGCAGUAUGGUGUUUUUGCGUUGCUAAAUCUUUUUGAAUUUGUCAUUUGUUUUCUGAGUGGGAUAUUUUAUAGGGUUCAGAAUCCAGCUCCCAAACUGUUGUUCUUAUUUCAAUAUAUUUUCAGUACUCAGCUGCCAGUCUGAUGCCCAUGCAUCACUUGGCUCAAGACUACCCUAUCCCUGUGGAAUAAUGUUCUUUUGGCUUACUUUUCCCUUUCCUCAGGGAACAGACCACUCUGUUGUAUUUUGCCAUUCUUCAUCCAGCACCUCGAACUGUGAACUGGCAAAAGCCCUGAAGUAGGAAGAGGAAAUGUUUGUUGAAACAGGUUUAAAUUCAUUUCCCACCUUUUCUUUCUUAUCCUCUUCUUAGGUUUAGAAUUCAGGGUGCUAUUGCAACAUCUCUCAACUUCCCUUCCCAUCCUCCCAAUUGUAAACUGUCUGAUUGUUCUCACCAUCAAGAUUCUGGUUCACUUAGCUAGUUUGAGGUAGGUCACUGCUGGCUAGACCUUUUUUGUAUUGAUUAUAAGGCAAAACAAACAACGGUACUUGAAAACUUAAUAAAAUAUUUCAUACUUAGUACAGUAGAUAAGUGCUACAGCAGCAAGGGGCAGUGUACAUCAGUUUGUUACAGUAUCAAGGCACUGUGUGCAACAGUCUGCUUUCCAUUGCCUUGCACUGCUGUAACAACUGCAGAUCCUGUGUGCACACCAUUUAAUAAUGAACCUGCCAAUUUGUUAGCAGUUUGCAAACCACAAUGACCUUUUACACCCUCUUGGAAAUAUCAAAAAGCACAAUUUGAACCAUAUUGGAGCAACAAACCUUUACUAAUUAUAUUCCUUGCAUGAUCUCCAUAAAAUAUGGUGCAGAAAUGCAGUGCUCAGCAGGGUCAGUGGCUGCUUGGUUUUGAGCCUCUUUUGUGUAACAAAUUGCACACAGCAACUGCCUACUCCUCUGUCACUGCUGAAGGCCAGUUUACAUAUAUCAAUAUAAAGUCAAUGGGAAAAGAGCUGGGCCCCCACUUUUGCACUGUUUGUUCCUACUUGCUAGUUGUAACUUUGUAGCCUGCGUCUAAAAUUCAUUUGGGUGCGUAAGAGCUAUAUGGGUUUCUGUAAACGAGUCCUGAUCCAUAUUACAUUACAGGUACAGCUCUUGUUUGCUUGAAGGUUGUUAUUUUCUUUUUAUCCCACCAGGCUUUCAGAAAUUGCACGACCAGACAGUUAUGUGUUAUUUGAGUCCAGUCUCCUCUCCAGUUGUGUUGGAGAAGGAAAGCAAUCCUGAAACAGUUCCAGAAGGCAACUUCUUCAAACACCAGCUCAGAUAACUUAAUCAGGUUUUAUUUUGUUCACAGACACUGAGCUUGAGAUGGUGCUUCAGGCUGAUGAUCUUUUAAUAUAUUUUGGGCAAAACCUUUUGUGCAACCUAGGUGGUGCCAGUUGGAGAGAGGGGUUAAUCAAACAAAAGCUUAUAUUUGUCUCACCCACUAUAUGAAAUAAAAAUGAAUAUGAGAAACAAAGAUCUUUUGCAAGCUCAUAACAUCUCUCUAUCUUGUGUUAAAUCCCCUUGGCCAUUUAAUUUGAUAGUGAAGUGGAGGGUGUAUUAAAAUGGUACCAAUUUUCAGCCAUUCAUUAAGUGUUAUCCUAAACAUCCAUACAGGAUUCCCUUCAGCACAGGGCUACUCUCAAUGACCUGCCUAUGAUUUCUCCUCUAGUGCAAAGCUGUCCUAAAUGUCCUGCCAGGUCUUCCUCUGCAGUAUGAUUCUGGCCUAAAAGGCUUGCCUGUGGGUUCCCUCUCCAGUGCAUUGCUGGCAUAACUAACCCAUUUAAACCCCCCUCAUAAUUUUAUUUAGCAAGACAAUCUGUUUUGCGUGUCUGGCUUCAUGCUGCUUUGUUUGGGCACGAUUUCGGUCCCUUGCAAUUUUAGCAAGGGCUUCAAAUUUUUUGCCAUUUGUGCAACAGCUUCACAAUUGUUAAAUUUUCAAUUCUUUAUUCCAUGAGUAACUCGGCCAUAAAAGCAAGGAGGAUUCCAGGUGCAAAAAUGCAAAAUACUUCCCUGUUGUGAUGAAAGGUCAUCAACCUGAAACAUUAACUCUGUCCCUCUCUCCACAGAUGCUGCCAGACCUGCUGAGUAUUUCCAGCAUUUUUUGUUUUUAUUUCAAAAUACCGUGGACGCUGGAAGUCCAACAUAAAACAGAAAAUGCUGGAAAACACAGUCGUUCAGGCGGCAUCUGUGGAGAGGGAAACGGGGGUUAAGGUUUCAGGUUGAUUACUUUUCAUCAGAACCAGGUUUGGUUGAUGGUCUGUAUUGAGUUAACUGAUCUCAGUUGGAGCACUACAGUUGACCUCAAUACCUGAGUUGGGGAGGAGUGAUCAGCCAGGGUUCCCUCUUUUGAUUGCUAUCCAAUGCUGGAAGUGUGCCAAUCAGGUAAGGAUGGGGUUGCUUUGGGUUGUGGUAUUUUCCAUGGUCAGAUAGUCUCUUGGCACUCACUAUUUUGGUGAAUGUGAGAGCAAAGAUUGCUUGGGUCAAGCUUGGGUCAAGCUUGGGUCAAGGUGCUGUAAUUUAAACAAAAAAUCCAAACUACUGAGUAGCAAAAUGCCACCCUCAUGAUAGAAUAGUUUUGGAAUUGGGUACUUUUAAGUAAUGGUUUUCCACAAGGGAACCAAAGGGACGAAAAUACCUGUUCUGUAGCAAAGUCUUAAACGUUGGUUAUUUAUAAUUGAAUUGCGAGUUCUACUCCCAACACCAAAACUGAAAUCUUUCCACUCUGUUCGCUUAAAUUGUAUUAGAUUGAGUAAUGCUCUGGAACAGGAAAUGGCUGUCUGUUUUUCUGUUGAUAGACAGCAAUGAAGCAAGUCAGAUUUCUCUAGAAAAAAAACUGGAAGGGGCAGGAAUGUGUUGAGAAAUCUUCUGAAAAUAUUCUAAAUUUGAAACAAAUAUUUUCUUGACUUGUGCCUAUCAAACUAGACUUGUGCAAAAAAAGAGCCAAAUUGACAUUUUUAGAUGCAAAUUUCCAGCUGUCUGAAUUUUCUUAAAGUUUCAGAAGCUGCAUUAAAAAAAGAUCUGGAGUUUACUCAAAAGGUUUCUAUUUAAAAAAAUGAGUUUGACUCUUAUUGACCUAAAUUUGCAAUGUUAAAGAGUAUUCAUUAGUGGUGUCCAACUGUUUUCCAGUUUUAUUAACUUUUGCAUGAAGGCGAAUAUAUAAAACUGGAUCUAGUUCUCUUUCUUUAAGUUAUAAAAGCAGCUAUCAAAUUAAUUCUUAUUUCAGAAGUCAAUGCAUCAUUACUCGAUAAUGUUUGAUGAGAUAUAGGCUUGCUUUUGUAUUAUGUGUUGGGGUAGCAAAAGGACUGAACUGUUAAAAUGACAAUUUUAUUGUGCUCACAACUUGUGAAUACUUAUCCAGAAUAGCUAUUGGCACUGCUGCCUCCUGUGACCAUACUUGACCAUAGGCCAAUGCCUUCAGAAGAGGGGAAACAACUCUGAGGGAUGAUCAAGUGAGCACCGAUCUGAAUCAAAGGUGACGUGUAACUACUGCAGGCCUGAUUUGCAUUAUUGAGAGUUGGCAGUGGUGUAAACUAGAUUCAGUAGUGGUUACAUGUCACUACUAAUUCAGACAUUUACCAAUAUAACUUGCUAGCAGGCUUGUACUCCACCCAAUUGUGGCUCCUCCCCAUGUCUAAUGCAACUACCUCACUCAGUUGUUGCUGUAUUAACUCAGCAAAUGACUCUGGGUAGGGAAAAUUGUCUGCAUUGAUAUUGCACCAGUAAGAUCUCCCAGUAAAACUGCUCAAAGCUGCCUGGCUGGAUUCAAUACAUUAUUGCCAGAUUUCAGUAUAACUGGUAUUUAUUUCCUAGAGCUUGUCUAAAUAGCAUUUUUGUAUUAUAGGUCCUGUCUACUGGUACUGUAUUAUUUUGGGAUCUAUCUAAAUUGAUAAGAAUUGUUUUUUUUAAAUAAAUCAAGAUUAAAUUUUAAACACCCUUGAAAACCAAACUAAAGGCUUAAAUACAGAUCAUUAUUUCCAAGUGAAUUGGGAAACUAAGUCCAGAAAAUACAACAGAGAAAUUUAUAUUGCACACUUUAACUUGGGGUGCACAGCAGCAGCAGUUUCCAGUAAGGUAAAUCAGGAAUAGAAAAGGUAAAAGUUUGCAUUUUUUUGGAGGGGGCAGGAUGGGGGAUUAUUGGGGGUUGAGCCCAGAUGUGUUCAACACAGAAGUGGACCUGGGCUAUUCAGGCCCUGCGGCUAACUUUGCCAUUCAAUUAAAACUUGGCUAAUCUGCACUUCAGCUGCAUUUACCAUCUUUUGCUCCAUAUCCCUCGACACCCUUACCCAACAAAACGUCUAUAUCUCAAGAAUUGAAAGCUUCCAGCAUCCACGGUCCUAAGGGAGGGAUUGUUCCAGACACACGUUAUCACUGCUGAAUGGCCCAGCUCAAAUUUUAAAAGUCCCCUUAAAAUUCCUCCAUGGCCUUACUGCUCCAAAUCUCUAACUUCCUCCAACACUACAACCCUCUAAAAACUCAGCAUUCCUCCAAUUCUGACCCUUUGCACAUCCCUGAUUUCCUUUGCCCCAUCAUUGCCAGCUGUGUCUUUAGCAUAUUUGAUUCUUAAACUCUGGAAUUCCCUCCCUAUACCUCUCAGCAUAUCCACCUUUUUAAUACACUCUUUAGCUUUGGUCACCUGGCCUAAUAUUUCCUUAUGUGGCUUGAUGUCAAACCUUGCUCGAUUACAUUCCUGUGAAGCGUCCUGAGAUGUUUUGCUUUGUUAAAGGUGCUAUAUAAAUGCAAGUUGUUCUUGAUUCCCCACCCCACCAGAGGAAAUAGUUCCUCCGCAUCUAUACACUCAAAUCCUUACACGUUAGCUCAAUCGGAUUAUCUCUCAAUCUUUAUACUCAGGUGAAUACAAGUCAAGCUUAUGCAAACUGUCCUCCAUAACUGUAUCCUUUUAGAAUAUCCUUCAGAAUGUAUCAUUCUGAUAAACCUGCAUCAAAUCCAAGGCCAAUAUAUCUUGAGGUGAGAUGCCCAAAACUGAAUGCAGUACUUCAGUUGGAGUCUGUCUGAGGUUCUACAAUAAAUAUAACUUCCUCUACAUUGUAGUUUUGAUUGCUUUUUAUACCUAGUUUUUAAAGAUGUGUACUUGAACUCCAAAAUCUUAUUUGCUCUUCUACAUUUAUCAAUAAAACACUCCAAGUUAUCUUUCUUGGGUCCAGUGCGAAUGACCUUAUGUGUCCCAAGUUAAACUCUGUCUGUUAAGUUUUGCCCAUUCAUCUAACCUGCCUAUGAUCCUUUGCAGCCUCCUGCUCCCAUAUGCACUGCUUUACUGUCCCUCUUUGGACACCCCACAGUGUCCUGGUGGAGCCUUGAGGAGCACUGCUUCACCUUUUGGCACAAAUGUACCCUUUUAAAAAGAAGAAAAAAAAACUUACCUUCACCUUCUGUGACCAGCAUGCUGCCUGCAAGAUUGGGAUGGAAGUUCACCAGUUAAAUUAGACCCCCCACUCCUCUGGGACAGGCAACCUCCCCACUUCAGAAUAAAGGCAAAUUAAGAUGGAGAAGUGCAGGUGGUGCAAAUACCCCUCACCUGUAAUAACCUGUGGCUGGGAUAGGAGGGAAGGGUUAAAAUCAGAAAAAUUGGAAAAACAUACAGUCUGGGUUUAAUGAGAUAUUGCUAUUUCAAAUUCUGAAUUAUUCCAAAAUUGUUAACUCUGAAUCUCAAGUUGUGAUGUUAUAUAAGUUGCUUAAUUCAAAUCAUUGGAUAACUCAUUUUUUUAAGAAUAAAAAAUAUCUUUGAAUUGUCGGGAAUAAUUUAGAACAGACAUGAGCAUAAUUACAUUUCGGGAAUCAUUUAUCAAACAAAGUGAUAGGAACAAGAAAUAUUGAUGUUAUUCAAAAUACAAUUGGAUUCAUGAGAGCCAAGUUAAUGUACUAGAAAAAUUAGUUUGAUGGAUUAAAUGGCCUUUUUUAAUUUCUGACUUUCUUAUGUUGUCUGUAUGACAGGACAGCUUACAAGGGAAUAGCACGACUGUUGUGAUCCUUAGCUUUGAGAGAUAAGAUUUUAGGAUAUCUUUUGGGCAAGUGUUGAAACCUAGCAAAAACAGUGAAGCUCAAUAAACAGGAAUGCAGUAUCCAAAAUAGCAAGCUGGAGAAGCCGUCUGUCUACAAUAUUCACACAAAAGUUGUAAUUUAUGAUUUCUCUCACAAGAUGUCAGCAGUGUGCUUUAUAAAUUUUAUCUAAUUGAUAAAGCAUAAUGACUGAACAAUGACACAAAUUUAAAAAUAUAACUGGUGAUGGGAAAUUUAGGGUUUUUUUGUUUAAUUUGAUCUAAUUAAAACAUUUCCUCUUUCCCCCUCCCCUUCUAUUAAAGUCAUUGUAUAAUGGCGCAUACACAUACCUCUAAUGGGGUUGGGGGGGGGAAACAUACAUAUUCACACCCACACAGACAGAUGAGCCUACUUCUAUGGUGCUCCAGUGUUAUUCAAUAAGUGUUCAUGAAUAACAAGUUGACAUUACUCCCUAUUCAGGGAAUUGGCUUCUCUCGUGGCUCUCAUAAGAAACCUAGAAUUCUCCCACUUGGGUCUAGUCUAUCUAAAUGCAGUUCUUGAUGGCUGCACCUUCAAUUCAAUCACCUUUACUCAUCUGCAAGUGCUUGCAUUAGAAAUUUACUUUCUUUCCCUCCCAUUUAAAAAACAUCUUGUGAAUUUAUCUUCCACCUUGGCCCUGAUUGUUAAAAAGACCCAGCUGCUCUGGUGCUUUGUUGUGCGGUGUUUGCUAAACCUUUAUAACCGUUGUUGUACACCGCUAUUCACCAAUUAAAUCCACUGGUUGGAUUACAAAUCUGUUCACAACAGCAACAUGUUCCACCUUCAUAACAGUUGCACAUUAAAAGUUGACACGUCUACAAAACACAUUUCAGUUUCACAUUGCCCAUUUUAUAUAAAAGAAAUCUUCAGUUCCAUUUAUUUGCUGUUCAGCUCAGUCUAUAGGAGAAGCUAGCUUUACCCCUUGUACUUAUUGACCUGAAUGUCUCCUUUUUCCAGUAUAUUGCAGCCUGCUUAUAGAUGGUUUCAUAUUUUUGAAUGUUUUAUUUAAAUGUUUCCAUUGUCAUGAACACUAAAAUAAUUGGUACAAAGGAAAUUGUAACAAAAGUUUUUAUACGUUAUGUAUGUUGUAAUUCUCUUUUAGGACUGUACAUUACUCGCAUGCACUUGCACUCUUAAGUAUGGCAGCUGAGGUGAGCAGGUAUUAGACUGGAAAAGGUACAGUCUUUAUAGUGAAAACCAUAGUGUCACCUCACUACUUGAUUUCAAGAACUGUCAUCUUCUGGAUUCAAACAACACAAUACUGUGGUGGUGCUGACUGCUCGUUGUGUCUGUGAUACAAACUGUUCUUACCAGCAGAUUUUAAGAAAAUAAACACAUAUAUACUAGUGUACAUUUUUGUGAACUUCAUAAUGUAAUAUAUUGAUGAAGAUUGUUUUUUUUAAAAAAAAGUCCGGUUUCUUUUAUGUUUUUGUUUUUAUAAAAACAAAAUUUACUCAGGCCUAUUAUUACCAGGUCCGUAGGGAGGUAGUGAUCAAAUUGCCUCCUAACGUUUACUGCCCUGCACAUGGAAAGCCCCAGUUACACAGGCAAGUAUGCCGAGGGGAGGGAAAUGGGGUAAUGCUAUUGUGAAGUUACCUCUUGAGUAUUAAAUGAAAAUUUCAACAGUUAAAAACAAAUUAUUAGAUUCAGUUUGUUCUUGGACAGCUGAGUAAGCGAUCUGCCUUUCCAUAUUUGUCACCCUAGUUUACCACAAUAUAUAUGAUGGAGAGUAUGCAGCAUUGUCUUGCUGCAUGUAGUUGGUCAGGACUGAAGUGGCUUAUAUCUGGACUUGGAAGAUGAGAAUUGCUACAAGUACUAUAAGGAGCUUUGGGGAGUUUGUCAAGAUUUGCAUAUUUGAGGAUUAUAUUGAAAGCUGCAAAGAACUUCCAUUACUUGGUGAAGUGAAAACAAACGUGCAUAUAUUAUGAAAGCGCUGUCUGUCAUAAUUUUUAAAAAAUUCUGUUUGCCCCCGUACUUGUUCCUUUGGCUGCAAUAAUGUUUAAUUAUUUUUUUCCCUGUGUUAUACCCGUGUAAAGCAAGUGGCAUUCAUUUCCUCCACUGACCCAAAAGGAUUCUCUAGCCAGCUUCAUUUCUGAAAGUUGGGAGUGUUGAUUACCAAACUUUUCCUGAAAUUUGAGACCACCUGACUUUGUAAACAUGAAGUUACCACUGUGGAGGUGCACUAAAACCUGCGCAGGACUGAACAAAAGAUGUGCAUUUUUAAAAUUGAUAUAAAUUACCAAAAACCUGCCCUACAAUAUUAAAUUACAGUAAAGUUUAAGUUUCGAGCAAAUGCAUAAAGUUAGGACAGGGUCAAAAGGUAAAAGGUUCGGGUGACAUUGCAAAAUAAUGCUUUUAUUUUUAAAAAAAACAUUGUGUUUCAAUCCUCAUUUUAGCUGACAAAGGUACAAUAUGCUAUAAAUUGCCUGUGUAAAUGGGGCUUGAGAAUGGUCCAUUUUUUUUUGUUUGAAGCACAUGCAUGUUUCCUUUUUUUUGUUUUGUUUCAAAUUUUUAUAGCUAGUGCCAUGAACUCAUUGAAGGCAUGUGGUAGCAAGGAGUGUGGCUGGAGCCGCUCGCGAAUUGUAUUGUUAUGUUGGAUGUUCAGUAGCAGGUUUUAAAUGUUAGAUUAGGGCACUUUGUUCAUGUGUUAGCAAAUGUGGUUUGGUAUUAAAGAGUACGGCACAUUGAAUCAGGGUCCAUUCCUGUACUGUCUUGCUAUGUCAACCAAUCUGGAUUUCAUAUCCUGUGAUUUGAUUUUUUUUUAAAUAGAAAUGAUUUUUCUAAGCUUUUGUCUUUCUACAUCUAUUGUUUUGUAAGUUAAAGUUCCUAAUAAAGAAAAAUAAAGAGUACAACUUUAGAAUU